GAAGAUGACGAUGAGCUGCCUUCGUCUCUCUUGCUUCAUCUCCGUCGUCGUCGUCGCCCUUGUGUUAGUAGUCCCAUCUGCUGUCGCCAAAGGUUCAAUCCUUUCAAGAUUUCAACAGUAUCUUCAAAUCGAUACAUCUCAUCCAACCCCCAACUACCAUCAAGCUGCAGAUUUCAUCCUUUCCCAAGCUAGAUCCCUCUCCCUUGAAUCCCAGACCCUAGAGUUCGUCAACAACAAACCCUUAAUCCUUUUAAAAUGGACUGGAAAAAACCCACACCUCCCUUCUAUUCUCCUCAACUCCCACACCGACGUCGUCCCCGUGGAACCCCACAAGUGGUCCCACCCUCCGUUUGACGCCGCAAUCGACCCCCAAGACGGUAACAUUUACGCUAGAGGAUCACAGGAUAUGAAGUGUGUUGGGUUGCAGUACCUGGAAGCCAUUCGCAAGCUCAAGGAUUCGAAUUUCGAGCCUCUUCGGACAAUAUACAUCUCGUUUGUUCCCGAUGAAGAAAUUGGUGGACACGAUGGGGCGGAGGUGUUUGCCAAGUCCAAAAUAUUUGAUGAGAUGAAUGUUGGGAUAGUGUUGGACGAAGGAUUGGCUUCGCCGGAGGAUAAUUAUAGAUUGUUCUAUGCAGAGAGGUGUCCAAUGUGGUUAGUGAUAAAAGCAACAGGAGCGCCUGGGCAUGGAGCUAAGCUGUAUGAUAAUACGGCCAUGGAGAAUUUGUUGAAGAGUAUCGAGAGCGUAAGGAGGUUCAGGGCAUCUCAGUUUGACUUGGUCAAGGCUGGUCUCAAGGCUGAAGGCGAAGUCGUCUCUGUCAACAUGGUCUUCCUUAAAGCUGGAACCCCUUCUCCUACUGGGUUUGUCAUGAAUCUGCAGCCAUCCGAAGCGCAGGCUGGUUUUGAUAUUCGAGUCCCACCAAUUGCUGAUCAAGCUUCCUUGGAGAGACGAAUUGCUGAAGAAUGGGCCCCAGCUUCACGCAACAUGACAUUUGAGCAUGGGCAGUUUAAGCAGAAGGUUUCCGUGUACGAUGAGAAUGGAAAGCCCAUUUUGACAGGUCAUGACAGUUCAAAUCCUUGGUGGUCCCUGCUAGAGGCAGCUAUACAUAAAGCUAAUGGGAAAAUUGGAAAACCAGAGAUCUUUCCGGCUUCAACUGAUGCUCGUUACUUCCGAUUGAGGGGCAUUCCAGCAAUUGGCUUUUCUCCCAUGGCAAACACUCCUAUCCUCCUUCAUGACCAUAAUGAGUUUUUGAACAAGGAAGAAUAUUUGAAAGGGAUUGAUGUGUACGUGUCAAUACUCAAAGCUUUCUCAUCCUUCGUUGAGGCUGAAAAAGACGCAGCAGCUUUCAGAGAUGAGCUGUAAAAAGAUUAUGGGCUAGUUUUUGUAUUCAGGCAUAGCCUGAAAAAUAACCGAUUGGCUGAAAAAGACGCAGCAGCUUUCAGAGUUGAGCUGUAAAAAGAUUCUGGGUUAGUUUUUGUAUUCAGGCAUAGCCUGAAAAAUAAUCGAUUGGCGAGCCUUGUAACACCUGGAAUGUGGAAUGUAUGUAUCUUGUAAUUUUAUGGGCACAUUUACAAUAAUAAAAUCGUGGUGGAUGUUUCUCAGUUGCU